AAUGAAGAGGUGGAGCGUGGCCGGCCUGUGCAUGGUUAGAGGAGAAGAUGGUGGAAUCUGCGGGAACAACGUGCACGAUACUACGUCCCAAACGAUUCGAAAAAUUCCGACCCUCGCAACCAGGCAUUAGGUAUCGCUUACCCGGGGACAAUCAUAGAUAAUAUAUAUACAAAACGAGAAAAGAACCAGGGCUUAAAAGUUGUUGUUUUUUGUGAAACGUGGUGAGAAAGAUUUGGUGGAGUGGAGUGGAGUGGAGCAGUUAGCUUGCUAGCUAACUUGGCUAGUUUUGUGUUAGGGAAAUUUUGUUAGUACUGCCCUGCAGUCUUGCCGGUUUAUUCGUUGGCGAAGCCGUCGGUGUCUGAUGAUUAGUUCGGUUGUUGGCGGUCAGGGAUUCCGAGGAGACGCGCUUAACGAAAGCAAUUCCAAAUAGGAUAAGUUGUAUUUGCGUGUCUUGCUGUUAAUAUCGGCCCAGGUUUUAUUUGAAGCGGAGAACGAAGCAACUCUGGCGCCAUGCCGAAGAAUAAAAAAGGGAAACGUGGUUCCAAUAAGGGCUCUCUCCGACAGGAGGUCCUACAGCUGCAGUUGUCGGCCAAGGCCGCUCUGCAGUGUAAAGGUGCAGGUGGGAGGAAUGGAGUGAAGGGAGAGUCUGGAGCGAGUGAUGAUGACCUGGCCAGUGAUGUUCUCAGUCACUACAGCAGUGCCAGUGAGAGUGCCUCUGUCCUGGAGGAGGGCACUGGCGUGGAGCCAGUGGAUGAACAGACUGCACAAGAGGAGACUGAGGACAAGCUGAAACAGUGCAUUGACAAUCUCAUGGACAAGAGUGCAAAAACCCGCCUGGCUGGAUUGGAGAGCCUGAGGCAGGCCUUUUCCUCCAGGCAGCUGUAUGAUUUCCUGCUGGAGCGCAGGCUCACCCUGAGCGACUGCCUGGAGAGGAGCCUACGCAAGGGCGGUGGGGAGGAGCAGGCGGCCGCCGCGGGGGUGUGCGCCCUGCUGUGCGUGCAGUUGGGCGGGGGGGACGAGGGCGAGGAGGGCUUCAGGACCCUCAGGCCCGUCCUCAGCUCCAUCCUCAGCGAUGGCUGCGCCAGCAUCGCUGCCCGACAGAGCUGUGCCACGGCCCUGGGGGUGUGCUGCUAUGUCUCUGCCGCAGAGGAUGCAGAGGACCUAGUGAAAUCCAUGAGCCACCUGGAGAGUGUGUUCACCACCUCAUACCCAAAUCGAGAGGGCACUCUACCCACCCCAAAGCCAGGCACCCCAGGACUCCACUGCGCCGCCCUGCAGGCCUGGGCACUGCUAGUCACCUUGUGCCCUGCCUCACACCUCCACACACUGCUCGACAUACACUUACCUAAACUGCAGGCCUGCUUGGAAUGCUGCGAUGUCAACUACAGGAUCGCUGUUGGGGAGACCAUUGCACUGCUGUUUGAACUGGGCAGAGAUAUUGACCGGGACUUCCAGUAUGACGACUGUGACACAUUGUGUGAAAUACUGAAAGGCCUGGCGACCGAUGGGAACAAACACAGGGCCAAGAAUGACCGGCGGAAACAGCGCUCCAUCUUCAGAGAAGUCCUGCACUAUAUCGAGAAUGAGGACUUCACGGAGGAGAAGAUUCGCUUUGGCCUGGAAGGCAUCUAUAUCGACAGCUGGAUGCGUAGGAGGAUCUAUGAUGCUUUCAAAGAGGUUCUAGAAUCUGGAGUGAGACACCACUUGCAGUAUAACCAGCUGCUGAGGGACAUCUUUGAACUGGGACCACCUUUGAUUCUGGAUGCCUCUGUCAAGGCCAGCCGGAUAUCCCGUUUUGAGAAGCAUCUGUACAACUCUGCUGCUUUCAAAGCCAGGACUAAACUAAGGAACAAGGUGAGGGACAAACGAGCAGACGUGAUGUGAGAGUGGCAAAGAGAGGGGACUCGUACCAGCCCCAGGGGACAACAGCACGCGGGAGAAGAACACUAGCCCAACCAUAUCUCUUCACUUGAAAAAACAUGCUGCUGCCAAAACCGGGACAUUGCAAACGAUUCCUGUGUGUGUGCGUUUUAUUUUUUUAUUUAACACCACGGAAUAAAAUAAAACAACAGAUGGGAAUAAUGAAAAGUAUAAUGUACCUUUAUAUUAACUAUAUGUAAGACAAUAUUAAUCAUUUCAUGUGGAGUAUUUUACCUUCUAAUUUAUUGAGUGGAAGACCAGAAAAUGAUUUUUAAACAAACAUUUGCAGACUUUGUAAUCAAACAUGGGAAAGGUUUAAACAAAAUGAAGACAUUUUGUAGUUUUUCUAUGUAUAUUUUGUAUGCUGGUUUGAUUGUGCAUUAUUUAUCUUUAUAUGUAUAUAUAAAAUACAUAUGUAUGUAUAAUGAAAGUGCACCAAGAUUAAAAAAGGAAUUGAGUGGCGGUUAUUUUCCAGCUUUUGUCAUCUAAUUGACAGGCAGUGCUUAUGUACCCAAAGGGUAAAACUAAUUUGACAUCUUGAAUUAAAAUAAAAUCUAAUAAGUGAGGAA